GAGACGCCGUUCAGCUCUCACUCGCGCGAGCCGGAGACUCUGCCGCGAGCUCGGUGUGGAGAGGAGCUUCUUCUGGAGAGGAGAAGGAAAGAAAAGAACACGACAGAUAAAGAAAGAAGGAAGUGAAGCUGGCUGAACAGUAACUCCCCCGCUCUCUGGAUCUGUCGGGAGCUCCACCUCAUGCGAGGAAGUGGUCGCUAGCAGCAGCGAUGGGCGCGUUCGGGGUCAUCCUGGGGAGUUUGCACUACAUGGGACUCUACAUCCAACUCAGCGGCCAAGCCGACGUGGAAAACCGCAUCUCCAGCAACGCUUUCUUCACAGAAGUCCCUCACGACAUUACAGCACAGAGCGGGCAAGACGUGGAGAUGGCCUGCUCUUUUCGGGGGGCAGGGUCACCCUCCUACUCACUGGAGAUACAGUGGUGGUACAUCAGGAACCACAAAGAAUGGACAGACAAACAGACAUGGACCACUAAUCAGGUGGUGCCUCAAGAUGAACUGUCGAAGGAUGCUACAAAAAUAAGCGUGGUGAAGGUCGCCGGUAGCAACAUCUCGCACAAGCUGCGCCUGUCCAGCGUAAAGCCGUCAGACGAGGGGACAUACGAGUGCCGCGUCAUCGACUUCAGCGACAGCAAGCUGCGGCACCACCGCGUACGCGCCUACCUGCAGGUGGAGCAGGCUGGAGGGAAGCCCACCGCUCCGCACCACCAGGGGGCAGCGGCAGCCAGCCCGGCCCAGGAGCCCCACAAACACCAGCCGGCCCACGGCCACCACAACCCUGGCAGAGAGCUGAGGAAGCGGUCAGCCGACGACAGCACCUCCGACUGCACAGAGAGCUGCGUGCUUUAGGGCCUAACACUCUUUCAGUCCAGGGGUCUUCUGCUGACCUGCCCAUGCCCCGCCCACAAAUGAGUUCUUUUUUCUACAGCUGUUGCCAAGUUGAGCAGGUUUUACAGCACGUUGGCCGAAAUCCCAUCCACAUAGCUCGCCUCACUGAUUUAGCUCUGCAUUUGUCCCUGCUUUUUUCCCUUAAAGCAGUUUUUAAUCUGGCACGUUGGAGUCACCGACUCGUGUUGGCUUGGGUUGGGUUCUUACUCAGAACUUCAUGUGUUUCGUGUCAGGCUUGGGUCAGGGUCUUACUGAGAACCUGAUGUGGGUCGGAUCAGGUUUUGGUCAGGUUCUUACUCAGAACUUGAUGCCGUUUGGGUCAAGCUUGGGUCAGGUUCUUAUUCAGAACAUGAUGCAGUUUGGGUCAAGCUUGGGUCAGGUUCUUAUUCAGAACAUGAUGCAGUUUGGGUCAGACUUGGGUCAGGGUCUUACUGAGAACUUGAUGUGGGUCGGAUCAGGUUUUGGUCAGGUUCUUAUUCAGAACUUGAUGCAGUUUGGGUCAGACUUGGGUUAGGUUCUUACUUAGGACAUGAUGUGGUUUGGGUCAGAACUGGAAGUGGUUCAGGAGAUGCUUGGGCUGGGUUCUUGCUCAGGAUUUGAUGUGGUUCAGGUCAGUCUUGGACCAGGGUCUUACUCAGAACUUGAUGCAUUUCGGGUCAGGCUUGGGUCGCAUCCUUUCUCAGAACAUGAUGUGGUUUGAGUCAGACUUGGGUCAGAACUUGUUGUGUUCAGGAGAGGCUUGGGCCAGGUUCUUGCUCAGAAUUUGAUGUGGUUCAGGUCAGUCUUGGACCAGGUUCUUACUCAGAACUUGAUGCAUUUCGGGCCAGGCUUGGGUCAGGUUGUUAUUCAGAGCUUGAUUGGGUUUGGGUCAUGUCCUUACUCAGAACUUGAUGUGGUUCAGGUCAGGCUAGGUUCGGGUUCUUAGCCAGAACUUGAUGUGGUUCAUGUCAAACUUGGGUCGGAUUUGUUUUCAAUACCUGAUGUUUUUAUUGUUAUUGGGUAGAACCCUUACUCAGAACUUCACAUGGUUGGGAUCUCUGGUCGAGUUCAGAUAUAAAAAUGAUGUGGUUUGGGUUCAACUUGUGUUCACACUGAGAACCUGAAGGCAGUUCAGGGCUCAGACAGAAAGUUCUGGAGGGCAUAUUCGGGUUUGGACUGAAGAUCUAUCCUGUGCUACAGUCUCAUUAGGGCAAAUGGGAUUUUUACCAGCAUUCUGUAAAGCUUGUUUAAUGUAGCAGCUGCUGCUAUGAAAGAAUGGAUAUGUGGGCAAAGCAUGGAUAGGCAGCUCCAGUCCUGGAUCUUGGCUGUUUUCCCUGCUCAGACUCACCUGAUACAACUCUUUAGUUAAUUACCAGGUUUAGUAGGUUUGUUAGAACAGAGAAACCAGACUGCUGGAUUCUGGCCUUCCAAAACCAGAACUUAUGACCCCUGCUUUAAUUCGUACACACUCGCACUACUACAACCCUCCCAUUCUCACGAAGGCCUUUCCCUGUUCUCCUUCCCCAUAGUUCCCUCUAGCUUUUCUCCCCGGAUCUUAAUACAUGAUGUAUAUUAUUGUAUAAAGCAAAAGUAAAUGUCAUCAGACCAGCGGAUGCAUGUCACAAAAUUGUUUCUUACAACAUUUGCUGUUCAAAAGGCCAAAACAGAUGGACGAUGGUCACAGUGGUGGUCAUUUUUAGUUCAUUCCAAUUGACUGUUUUGAUUAAAAAUGUUUUGGAGGAUCAUGUUUGUUAGCUAAAAGCCAAUGUUUGUAAAAGUAGGUGACAGCGUGACUGCAGCCACAGAACAUCACUCACUCACUGUAAUCGAUAGAUGGUUAAUUCUGAGAUGACGUUGGACAGCACAAGAUGUUUCAGAAAGCUGUGUAGAGGCUUUGUGUUUAUUUCAGACAAAGUAUGGUAUGAUAGAAGAGAUGCCAAAGCUUUCUUUGCUGUCACUUUAUUAGUCCUGCUUUUAGCCACCUGCAGGGGGCGCACCACAGAACCAGAAACAUUCAGCACUCUUUUAUUUUUAGCUUAUGCAUAAAGCAGGGAUGCACAACAUGGUGUCAGGAGUCCAGUGAUGCUUCUGUAGUUAGGCCCUAAGUGAAAUGGCUCUUAUAGGACUGUAACUGUAGUCCUGUACAUUAUUAAUCAUAUUUUAAUCUUAAGUUGUCGUUAGGUUGUUGCCAGGUCAUUGCUAGUAUCCCAGGUGGUUGCUAAUAUAUAUGUGUGUGUGUGUGUGUGUACAUACAUACAUAUAUAUACAUAAUGUAUUAGCAACCACCUGGGAUAGUGUAGCAAUGGCCUAGCAACAACUUGCCCUGCGAUGUUAUACUCAAAAGCUUCUUCUUCUAGUUUCUUUAUUGUUUCAUUCCGUUUAUUUUUGGCGCUGAAAUGAAAGUGACCACGGCGCAGCCGUAUUUUAAUUAAAAUAUUUAUACAUUUGAAGCAAUACAGUCUUGUAAUGUAUCUUGUGAAAGAAAAGGUUUUUUUUUCUGUUGCUUUAAGAUGUUGCAGUGAAAUGAACCGGUUCCUGAAUUGUGAUAAAUAAUCAUGAAUUCAAUUUUCAGCACAAUAUUUAUCGAGUCAUUUUAGCCCUUGUGAACAAGUCACAUCUCAGGAGAUGAGGAUGUUUUUUUAGGAUACUGGCCUUGUGAGUUGUGAAUCCCUGGUUUAAAAGUGCAGCUAUGUGAGGGCCUUGUUUAUUGAUUGAUUUAUUAUUUAUUUGUUUGCCUUAAUGUUUUCCUCAGUUUUGUAAACGAUAACUGUAAAAAUGGUGUACAUUUUAAUAAUCCUCCAGGGUGUUGGUUUCAUCUUAAAUGUAUGCUUUUAUCAAAUAAAACCAUUGUACAUUG